UCACCGACUCGACACCGCCGACAGGGAUGCAGCGAGGGCGCAGCGCAGCCUGAAAAAUGGCACCAGCACCGCGCGUCCUGUGGAUCUAUCCAUCCCCGUUCCUCCUGUCCUUCCUGCUGCUUUUUCACGCGUUGUCGCCGUGCCGAUCCUUACGGAAUUACCCGGAGAAUGAAGUUACUUUGCUGGACUCCAUGUCGGCCCUGGCAGACCUGGGCUGGGAGGCGUACCCUAAUGAAGGGUGGGAGGAGAUCAGUGUGAUGGAUGAGAGGAACACCCCGAUGAGGACCUACCAGGUGUGUAACGUCAUGGAGGCCAACCAGAACAACUGGCUGAGGACGCGCCACAUCAGCAGGGAAGGAGCGCAGCGCGUCUACAUCGAGAUUAAGUUCACUCUGAGGGACUGCAACAGCCUGCCCGGGGUUCCCGGUACCUGCAAAGAGACAUUCAACAUGUACUACUAUGAAUCUAAUAAUGCCAACCUGUGGUUCAUCAAGGAAAGUCAGUACGUCAAGAUUGAUACCAUCGCUGCGGAUGAAAGCUUUACACAGGUGGAUGUUGGCGAUCGUGUCCUGAAGCUGAACACGGAAGUGCGAGACAUCAGCAACCUGAGCAAAAAGGGUUUCUACCUGGCCUUCCAGGACCUGGGAGCCUGCAUCGCUCUGGUUUCUGUCAGAGUCUUCUACAAAAAGUGCCCGCUCACGGUGCUCAACUUGGCCCAGUUCCCCGACACAAUCACAGGUGGAGACACGGCGCUGGUUGAGGUCCACGGCGUGUGUGUGAACGCCUCAGAGGAGUUCGAAGCUCCCAAAAUGUACUGCAGCGCAGACGGAGGCUGGCUGGUUCCCAUCGGGAGGUGUGUGUGCAAACCGGGCUUCGAGGAGAACAAGGACGUCUGCCAACCGUGCAGACCUGGAACCUACAAAGCGUCGGCCACAGAUGCCUACUGCACCAAAUGUCCUCUGCACAGCUCGUCCCCGCAGGAGCAGGCGUUCGAAUGCAUUUGCGAGAAAGGUUUCUACCGCGCCGAGACCGACCCACGCUCGAUGGCCUGCACACGUCCUCCAUCUGCUCCAGAAAACCCCAUUUCAACAGUGAACGAGACGUGCGUGACGUUGGAGUGGUCUCCACCCAGAGACACGGGGGGCCGGGGAGACAUCGCCUACAGCCUGCACUGCAGGAAGUGCACCGGCGACGGCAGGAAGUGCGCGCCGUGCGGCAGCAGCGUCCACUUCGUGCCCAGGCAGUUCGGCCUCUCGUCGGCCACCGUGCUGGUCACCGACCUGCAGCCGGACUCCAACUACAGCUUCACCAUCGAGAGCCAGAACGGGGUUUCAGACUUAAGUCCAACACCGAGAGGAACCAUCGUCAUCAAUGUCACUACGUCACAGACAGUGAGCGUCGUGUUGAAAGAAAGGCGAAGCAAGGACAGCGUGACUUUGGCCUGGCAGGGUCCGCAGAGACCCAACGGCGCGAUAGUGGAGUACGAAGUCAUCUACUAUGAGAAGAACCAGCGAGAGCAGAACUACACAGUCCUGAAGACGCGCUCCAACAUGAUGACCGUGGAAGGGCUGAAGCCCGGGACCACCUACGUCUUCAGGGUCAGGGCGCGCACCGACGGAGGCUAUGGGAGCUACGGAGGAGAGAUCGAGCUGGAAACCAGCCAUGAAGAUGUGUUGGCCAUCGGGGACCCGAACCAGUCCACCAUCCUGGCCGUGUCCAUCGCCGGAGGAAUCGUGCUCCUCAUCUUCCUGGUGACUUGCUUCGUCGUCAGUGGAAGGCACUGUGGAUAUAUCAAAGCCAAGCAGGACCCCGAUGAAGAGAAGAUGCAGUUCCAACAUGGCCGAGUCAAGCUUCCAGGCAGCAGGACUUACAUCCAUCCUCACACCUACGAAGACCCCAACCAGGCUGUCAGAGACUUUGCCAAAGAGAUAGAUGCUUCCAAUAUCCGCAUAGAAAGAGUCAUCGGAGCUGGAGAGUUUGGCGAGGUGUGCAGCGGUCGGCUGCGAGUGCAGGGGAAGAGGGAGAUCUACGUGGCCAUCAAGAGUCUGAAGGCGGGAUACUCCGACAAACAGAGGAGGGACUUCCUGUCGGAAGCGUCCAUCAUGGGACAGUUCGACCACCCGAACAUCAUCAGGCUGGAGGGCGUCGUCACCCGAUGUAAGCCGGUGAUGAUCAUCACGGAGUUCAUGGAAAAUGGAUCUCUGGAUACUUUCCUCAAGAAACAUGACGGCCAGUUCACGGUGAUCCAGCUGGUGGGGAUGCUGCGUGGCAUCGCCUCGGGUAUGAAGUACCUGUCAGACAUGAGCUACGUUCACAGAGACCUGGCAGCUCGAAACAUCCUGGUCAACAGCAACCUGGUGUGCAAGGUGUCCGACUUCGGCCUGAGCCGAGUCCUGGAGGACGACCCCGAGGCCGCCUACACUACGAGGGGAGGAAAGAUUCCUAUCAGAUGGACUGCUCCAGAGGCCAUCGCCUACAGGAAGUUCACCUCAGCCAGUGACGUGUGGAGUUAUGGUAUCGUCAUGUGGGAGGUGAUUUCAUACGGGGAGAGACCCUACUGGGAAAUGUCCAAUCAGGAUGUGAUUAAAGCAAUAGAUGAGGGCUACCGUCUUCCUGCUCCUAUGGACUGUCCUGUGGUGCUGCACCAGCUCAUGCUGGAUUGCUGGGAGAAGGGACGAAGCGACAGGCCAAAGUUUGGACAGAUUGUCACAAUCCUGGAUAAGCUCAUCAGAAACCCGGGCAGUCUCCGAGAACUGGCCAACAGCUCAGCAUGCAGGGAGGACCCGACCACCCCAGAGUUCAGUGUGAGCACAGUGGAUGAGUGGUUGGAGGCCAUCAAGAUGGGCCAGUAUAAGGACAACUUUUCCAGUGCUGGAUAUGUUAGCUUGGACUCAAUCCUUUACAUCAGUAUCAGUGAACUGGCUAAGAUGGGAGUGACUCUGGCCGGCCACCAGAAGAAGAUUUUGUCCAACGUGCAGAGCCUGCAGACCCAGGGGACGCAUGUUCAAGUAUAACAGUUUCCUCACAAACACACAGAGGGACAGAGUCAAACUGGAUGCUCCUGCAAAGAGUCUCCCCUGUGAAAAUGGAAAUGGAUCCUCUGCGCUUGGGCCUCCAUUGAUUUUAGGACACACCGAGACGGAGACAACAUGGACGCUUGACUCCUUCACCUUCUCGCAGUUUUCCCCGUUUCUCCCCAUCCCCGAUGGGCACUACCGGCUUUCGCACUCCCAAGCUACACAAAACACCAUUACGAAGCAGCAGAGAGGGGCCGUACCUGCAGCGUCCAAGACCAUUUCACAUCAUAUCAGCUCAACAAAAGGAAAAAAAAAAAAAAAGACUUUAACACAAGAGAAUAAAAAAGACAAAAAAAAAAAAAACAGAUUAGAAAAUGAUUAUCAUCACUGUCUGUGAGAUGUACAGUUAGUUUUUACUGUCAUUUUGUUGUUUUGAGUUUUCACCUGGAUGAGUUGAAUAAGGGUCAGAUUUGUAUAUGUGUAGAUAUAUGUUUAUAUGGGCUGUGCGUCCCACGACCGUAGAGAUGGACCUAACGUUUGUAUCGGUGGUGAGGUUUGUACGGCUCGACCUUAACAGGAGUUACUACCUUGAACAAGUCCGGCCUCUUCCAUUGGCCCUCUGUCCGAAGAGAGGCGACGGAAAGCGCCGAGGCUUUGAAUGAAAUGAAUGUGCGGAGAACAGAGGAACUGGACCUUUAGAUUUAGGCAGGGAUGUAGAUUGUGUAGGAUGGAAAUAGCAUUAAUUUAAAUAGUGUAUUUGACCAGGAUAAGGGCUUCCUCAGCGACUGCUCCAAGACACACUUCCAGAACAGCUAGGCCCAGAGCACGCCUGCCGACGCGUACCUGACAGCAAAGAGCUGGCAGAAAGCGCUCCGGGUGAAACGCCGCAAAGAGAACGUUUUACUCUUCCACUGUCUCUUCCCAGCAGCAUAGUCUGAAGGAGAUUGAAUGUUGUGAGGUGUAUUCCAGCCCAAGAGUUUGCCUUCCCAUGUUUCAGGUGUGUGGAGAAAGUUUUAGUGUUUCGUGUAGAGCAAAAGGUGAUGCAAAGGUCACGAUAGAGUUGACACUGUUAAGAGCGUAUACCUUGUUUCUCCAGUGUUGUGCCAUGUACAGUAACCUUGACAUGUUCGUCUGGGCAACAUAUUGCUAUUGCGACUGCGUGUUCCUUUCAUCGGCCUCCAUAUCUGGAUGGUUACACAAGCCCAGUCACAAUCAUUACAGUGUUUUGUGUUUGCCAAUUAGUCUGCUUGAUGAAAAGGAGCAGCGGACUGGACCCUUUUUCAGCAGGAAGAAAUAUACGCAGUGUUGAUUUUUCAGCUGUGCCACCACAAGAACGUAAAUUGGACUCAAAAGGAAAAAAGAGAGAGAGAGAAAAAAAAAGAAACAAAGACGAGAGGAUUUUUUUCUUGUAGCGUCUUUCUUGUUACCAGUCAUGCCGACAUAUUUUGAGCAUCUCUGUUUUCAAACCGACCCACAGCGUAAAAGUUACAAGACGAUGUUUACAGAAAGAGGUAAAUAAAUUUGUUGAUGUUAUUUUCCUCCUCAGAGGGAAACUGCUGCUUAUCACAUUGAAUUACACAGCUAGAUAUGAAGGGACCCUCUUUGUGCACACUGUAUUAAUGGCACUGAAUCUGCUUUCCUUGUAUUCCCAAACCCAGUUUUAAUAUAUGUGGUACUAUAGGACCAACAGUGGCAUAAAGUACAGUAUAUAUGAUUGUAUCAUAGUGUAAAAUAUGUACAGUGUUGAUUUCCAAUGUUAGAAUGUUUGUAAUGAUAACAAUAAUGAUGAUGUACUUUUGUGAAAAAGAGAUUUCUGAAGUACUCGUUCAGGGGAAAAGUGAAGGGAGGCGACUGGUUGGUCUGAACAAAGGAAUGUAGCAUGGCGCAAAGCUCCAGCUUUGGUUGACAGGUGACAGUGACUGCAGUUUCUACUAUAGCGUUAGAAUGAGUAGAAUGGACUUUCCUUACUGACACACUGGCUUCAAUUGGAAUCCACAUUAAACAAUAAUGAUGAGCACUUUUUAACCUCGUCUCUGCUUAAAUACAACUUAAAAAAAAAUGCUUUUUUUUUUUUUUUGGAAGAGGAAGGGAGGAAAGGGCGAGCACAUAAUAAAAGAAAUCUUUCAGUCACUUUUUCACAUUUUUGUAAUCCUCCCUUUUAGCGUUGCAUCGAUGCCGCUUUGCAUUAAUCCCUGUGCUGAAGUGGUGUGCAUGGACUAAAGACAAAAUGCAUUAUAAGCGUUUGAGAGGCGGCGUUAUUCUUGAGCCUUUUCAAAACCAAAAUACAACAGCAAAUGUGCGAGCAAUGGAUUACACAUGGCCUUUACCUGUCCUCAUGUUAGCUGCAACUGUUAACCACUGUAGGCAUGCUGAUGUGGAAAUGUGAGUUCGCCCCGAGCAUGCCUGCCAGCUUAGUAACCAACUGUUACUUCAAAGUCAAGAAAUCUCAUUUACAAAGAAGUCCGGGGUUAUAACUUAUGUUAAAAUCAGCACGUAAUGUGCAAAACGUGAGGCAGAUGUUGUUUUGUGGAUUAUUUCUUUGUUGUUAGCGAUGCUGAUGGGAUUUAAUCUCAUAUCAUUGUAUCCCCUUAUAAACUGUGCCACAUUCGUAUGGGCGCAUGCAUGUGUGGGAUGAGCGGCAGAGCUGAGUGUGUUUGCUGCAAUCAUGUAAAAAAAUUUCCAAAUCUUCUCUGCUGAAACAGCUUUUCUUUCCCAUCAUCAGACAUCCGACAGUCGCACGCCGUCAGCGAGGCGCCUGAUUAGCAGCUCUCAAUACAGAGACAUGUAAAUGUGGCAUCAUACGGAAAGGGGACCGGGGGGGAAUUUCAAUGGUAUGAGAUUCAUUGUUGCCACAAAGGAACGAUCUACCCAGCAUUCCCCUAAAACUCUUUUACCUUUUGUUCCUCAUCGCUUCAUUGAAUAUGCAUGUGGAUGCCAUCAAGAGCGCUGGAGAACAUCCGCGGCUCCGCCACGUGUCCCCUGGAAACAUCAAGAACAUUUAAACUGAUUAAUUUAGGAAAAAUGUAUUAGCCAUCCACGGGUGAUUUAAAAAAACUGUUACCGAUAGACAGACCAGCUCAGAAGAUCUAUUUUAUUUUUUUGCAUUGCAAAUUUACAUGCAAUUUUGCUGGCGAGAAAUAAAAUGCCUCAUUUUUCUACCUCUGAUUUCAAACCAUGCACGUCUUUUGAAUUUAAAUACGCUGCCAUAACCACGCUUCUGUAUGUGUGUACAGCACUGCAGGUGCUGUGCAGGAAUAAAUAUGCCUCCAGGCAGAUCAACAGUCAACGAUGGGAGGGGCUUUAACACUUCUUUUUAUUUUUUCUCCUCCAUUGUUUUUGAACUAGUGAAAAUAAUGGUGUGGUAUAUGUUUAAAUACAGAAUAUUUUAAAUAUAAAAUGCACUUUUAUGCUUCAUAAUCCACAGAUAAGAAUAGAAAAACACAAAAACCCAAGAGUGUGAAGUGGUUCAUUCUACUCUUGCUAACUCUAUGAUUUCACCCUAGCGGUCUGCAUUUGACCGUUAGUCGUUUAGAUGCCUUAUUUACUGAGCUAUUGUUCUUUUCUGUUGCCCCAUAAAGGCGAUAUAAAGAGUACAGUGUAUAUACAGGUGGUAUUUAUCUGUGUUCCUAAGGUGACCUCACAUCAACACCCCAGUUUCUUUUUAACAAGUCCAGAGACGCCCUUCAACAGCAUCACAACUUUCACUUCUUCGUAGAGACGAAACUAACUUGCUGUCAGAAAUACAUGACAGUUGAUUGGAAAAGUCCAGUUAUCAGUGUUAUUUCUUUGCACACUAUGAAUGUGACUGGUGUACAACUCAAUGUUUUGUUUUUUUUUGGUUGCGUAACUCUUUGUGCUAAAAUUUCUGGUACGACUCUGAGGUUUGGGCAACAUUACAUGCUUCCCGCAAAAUAAUGGCGAACCAAACGAUAUCCUCCCCUUUUGACAAGUUCUUCAUGCACUUACACACAAAGUUAAUGUUUGGUUUCGACUCUCCGAUCCCGGGUUUCUGUCACUUUUCACACUUCUCGAGGUGAGCUACGUGAACCGAGACCGAGUUGCUGAAUAUCAUACACAGUGUUUGUUUCCAUUCUCCAUAUGGCCUGUAUUGUAAAUGUUGAUGAGUUCUUCUCAUAUGAGACUUUCGGGCUCUCAGUCUGUCUCUCUUUUUCUCUUUCUCUCCGGCCACCAAACAAUGCUUAUUUGUCCUCAUGCCAGUUUCCUCAGCGUUGCUUGUUGUAAAGGGUUGUAGGCAUUCUAAUGUCUUUCAUGUUGCUGUAAUAAAUAUGCUAAUAUUUCUAAUUUCUCA